AUGACACCGGGUCAGGUUCCCGGGUCGGGUGCUCUGACGGAUCACCUCUCAACACCUGGCUCCCUUCAAAAUCUCGAGCUGAAAGGCGUGAACGUCAGGGAUGUCGUCGUUAGCGGCGGGGUCGCCAGUAACAUCUUUUUACGCGAAAGGCUCCGAGCAGCACUGGAUGAGUACAGCUCUGAUGAGCGCAUAUCGCUCCAUUUCCCCCCGCUGGAAUUAUGCACAGGUCAGCAUUUCAAUAUGUCGACCGAUUCACAGGGUUUCAAAUUCAAUACAGACAAUGCAGCGAUGAUUGCAUGGGUUUCAAUGCAUCGGUUCCUCGCUGGUAACUAUGAUGACUAUACAGUAGACCUUCGUGCCAAGUGGAUCAUUGAGGAUAUCAGAGUGUGA